AUAUCUAAUAGAUGGCUCUGAUUGAUCAAAACAAAAACUUUGAAAUAUUUCGCGCCUUGCAGCAGACGACUAUCGUCAGAAUAUCGUUAUCGAAAAACAAGAAAACGUUGAUCAUGGAUUUCAACAAAGAACACUAUUUAGCUCGAAUUAGACAAAAACUUCAAGAGGAUGGCGUGAAGUUAUGGAUUUCACCAUAUUUCGUAGAUAAUAAGACCAAUGUAGAGAACUUGCAGGAAUUGGCAAUGAAUCUUUCUGAUAUGCUCGCUAUACCAUGUAAUGCCAUUCUCGUCAUGUUAACUACUCUGCAGUCCCAUGCUCUUGAGAAACUUGCAUCCAGGAAUCAGUUCCAACAAACAGGGAUGGCCACAUUACGGACAAAGAUUGUUGGAGGUUCUGGCACACAGAAUAACAUUGUCAUAUCCUUGAAUGAAUCUGGAGAAUCUUUAAAAAGAAGAAUGAUAUCUGAAAUGAACCAUCCAUCUACAACUAGACUAAAACUAAUUUGCAGUGGAUUGAUUCUGGAUGAUUCUAAAAGUUUGCAAGCUCAAAAAGUCACCAAUAACUCCCAGAUUCUUGCCAUUAUCCUUUCAUGUGAUCCAGCAUCCCAGAAAAUGGAAGAAAGAAUAUUCCAAGAAGUUGAAAUGAUCAAAGCUGAUGCUGACCUGUUGGCAAGUCAGGAGGAUGAAAACUAUCUCAGAAUAGCUGAUCAAUCGGGAAACAUUAUUGCCCUGCCAUUUGAAGAAAAGAAAUCCUUGGCUAUAGCCAUGGCCCUGCAUGAAAAAGGCCGUUCUGCUCUUAAACGGAAUCAAGUGUCACUUGCUUUGAUGCUAUUUCACGAGGCCGAUUCAAAAUUCAAUGCUUGUAGAUCGGAAUUACUUAGAGCAGUAGACAACGCUGCCCUACUAAACUUGGACAUUGCUUGGUGUUAUCUAUUACUCGGAAAUGCAGCCGAUAUCCCCGAUGCUGUUGUCCGCUUGAACCAAUGCGAGCAGUCCCUCUACAAAACCUAUGGAGCACAGAUGGAACGUCUCCUAACCCUGAAAGGAUCUACAGGCAACGAAGCUGUGUUAUUUUUACGGCUCCACUUACUCCAGGGAGUAGUGGCAUUCCAUCAAGGGAAAACGCUGGAGUCGAUCAAACUUUUGAAUCAAGCCAAGGAAGAGAUCCAGAAACUCACCAUCAACGAUGGCGAUUUGACUCAGUUAAUUGGCCUAGGCUUCACUUUGUCUGAUGCACGACUUAGUUUGCGCGCCUGUAGGGGUGAUUUGAAUGCGGCUUGCGUGUAUUUGCAGCGGCGCGAAGCCGAGAGAGAGGAGCGCUUGAACAAAGAAGAGGAAGAAGAAGAACGCGAUCGAGAGCGCAGGAAAUUGGGAAAGACGGCCAACAACCAGUGGGUCAAUCUUGGUUACCUCAACACUAUUGUCCAAAUGGGAUUCGAGCGAUCACGGGCUGCUGAAGGAUUGAAACAAACGAAUAACGACAUCAAUAGGACAUUGGAAUUUUUACAAAAUGAUUUUGACUCCUUCGGGACGGACGAUGCUUCUAGAGGAUAUUUUAGUGAAGAAUCCCUCGCUCAGGUAAUAUCGAUGGGGUUUUCAGUUGAGAAAGCCAAAGAAAUGCUUGAAAAGCAUAACGGAGAUGUGGAACGCGCAGUGGAGGAACUGGCAUCGAAUCUUGGCCGACCAGACGAUCAACCCGUCGCAGGGACGUCGAGAGAUUUCGAGAAGGUGGAAGCUUCCAAAAAACGUAAAGAAGAGACGAAGAAAGAAAAAGCAGCUUACAAACGUCUCGCCAAAGACAUUCCGAGAACGGAAGAAGAUCAUUUGGAUACUGGUCUUGAAUUAGAAUCAGAGUAUCUUCAUAAGUACUUGAGUUUUUUAACUUCUUAAAUUUCGGUCCCUAAAUUUGAAACCCCUCCCACCUGAAAACAAGAUAAUAAAUACUUUUUCGGUUACACAUAGAUGUCGUGAAAGACACGGUUGUUAUAUAUACUAUUGGGCAAGUCGAACUUCUAGAAAGAAAGUCCUUGGGAAUUGGAUAUGAUCAAUGUUUCCUUCUUGCGAGGUUCCCCGGCUUGUUUUCACAGAAUUUAAAUUAGUUCAUCCGGUUCGCGCAUUAUUCAAAACACGUUUCCUUAUUAUUAUUUUGGCUGUUUCCUUCUAGCUGCUGCUGCGGGCAUCAUCCGUUGCGAAAUGUCGAGCAAUGUUAUAUUAGUGUGCCCGUAUUUUCGCGAGCAGAGCCAAAACAUGAAACCAACCGGAUAAUCUUAAUAUUCUAUUGACCAAUGUGAAGAACCUCGUUUUGAUUCGUCUAGGAAAAACCCAAGACAUUUGAGCAGCGGAGGAUAUCAAUUCUGCAGUUUCAGCAAUUCAGGAUAUUGUUUCAAAUGCGCAGUUUUAGUUUUUGAAUAUCGCACAAAACUCUCCAAGGCAAGCUCAUUUGAUAGGGUUCUGCAGUUUAAAAUAAUCCUCGAUGACGUGAAAUGGCUGAUUCAUCGUGAUUCAUCACCGGCCAAUUUAUACGUUUACCGUGUCACGCGCUGCUGAAACACGAGACGUUUCUGUUGUUGGUUGGCGGAUCGGCGCCCCCAUUUUCCGUGCGUGCAACAGCUCUUCUGCGAAGAGAUUAAAACGCGAUAGGAGGAACGACGAAACGCAUUCGGGCUCUUUUCACGCGUUCUUCAACGGCUCAAAGGGUUGCCAAGAACGGAAUAACCAGUCACCCAACGAUUACCCAAUCCAGGAAGUCACCGCACAUUUUUUUUCUUUUUUUGGGGUGGUGCAAACAUGACCGUUCUUCUUUUUUUCUUUCUUUCUCCUCUUCGAUAUUUAUUUACCCGCACCGACUUAGGUAUACUCCAUCCAAAGCCAGCUGCAGGUUGUACUUAGCGCGUCCAAAUCUGAUGGAACGUUCUAGCUUCUUUUGGCUGGCGAUGUGAAUGGGCGGCGGGGUUACCGUUAAUUUAAUUCCCUCCUACCAUUUCGCUUUUCGGAUGUGAGUUAUUAAUAUCCUUUAUUAUUUGCAGCGCAAGUAGAAGCUCGAUUAAAUCAAGGCAGUUCAUCACUCAGAAACGUGACAACCCCCCCCCCCCCCCAUUCGAAUGAGGAAGUAAAGUCGACCGUGAUAAAAAUGAAGAAGCGAAACUGAUCUGAUCAAAAAUUUUCGGGAUUUCCCAUCGCCCGGCUCAUCAUUCAAUACGAGGCCAAGCCAAGCCCUGGAUGAUUUUUGACGUUUGCUGAGCUUGGAGGUUUUAUUUUAUUAAAAAAUAAAAUGUCUACACGUCCUCCGAUUGCCCUUGAACGUGGGGUUCGGUCAUCGUGACGUCAACUCCUUUCUUCCUCCCUUCAUCGUGCGCAUUAUUACAAAGAAGACGAAAAAGGUAUAAUAAUAAAAGCUAAAUAAAUUUUGAUAGCCAUUGAAGUCACGGAAAAGGUGUUGGAUGAGUCUCGGACUACCGAAUAGAAAGGUCAUGAACCUCGGUCCAACCAACUCGCCCCGCGUUCUCUCCGCUCUCAGCGGUUUCGUUUUUUCUUCUUCUCUUGUGUUUCAAACGCGGAUGACAAUAACUGGCAGACCGAGAGAAAUUCAAUUUAUGCGUUCAACUCCAGUCAUGGGUAAUAUUUCCGUGAUGGGUACGCACGCAUACGGUUAAUCUCUUCACCCGCAACAACGUGGAAUCGGAUGCGAAGAGGAUUGACACAUGCGUUCGUGAGCAUUGAUCCCUCUCUCAGAGGCCCCUGCGGGAUGAACAGCAGCAGCAGUUUGAUGAUGGGGAGGAAAGAAAGAAAAAGGUGGAGGGGGUUUUUCGAGCCUCUCUCCCGUCACCUAUUUAAAGCCCAGGAAAGUUCUAGUGUACCCGUCAUUGACUGUUCAACUGGUCGACAGUGUAGACG